CAAGAUCGCGUCGGCGGAACUCCUCAUCGCCCUGGAGCAAGGGUCCGCCGACAUAGCUUUGGUCCAAGAGCCAUGGAUUGCCUCGGCCAAUGCCGUCGCCGCACUAAAGUCCUCUAAUUACAACCUGUUCUAUACACCAUCACACAGAUGACCUGACUGUUGUGAUGCUGGAGAGCGAGAGGAAGCGCCUUCUGGUAGCUUCCUACCACAUGGCACAUGAUAGAACGGCCCCACCGGAGGAACUCAGGAGCAUGGUGGAAGCCAGUCCGAACGACCAACAACUGAUCGUGGGUGCAGACGCCAACGCGCAUAACUGCGUGUGGCGGAGCCCCGACAUCAACGACAGAGUCUGUAAAGUCGUGGGAUGGUUCAAAGGCGGCAUCAAGAUAAUCGCCUGUGACGAUGAACGUUCUGCGGAGCUAUACAAAGCCGCAUUAAAAGAGUUGGGGGAGGUGUAUGAGGGCGCCGGACUUGUUGCGCUGAGCUGGUCCGACGUACCUUGCCGACCCCGGGCAAGCAUCUGGAUCCCGGCAUCCAUCAAGGCGCCGGACCAGAUCCUUACCAUGCUGCAGCGCUGCAACCCGCACCUUCCCACCUCGGACUGGCGAGUGGUGAAGGUCGACGAAUUGGAGGGACCAACAAACCAGGCCAUCCUUAUUCUAAACAACGAGUCCCUAGCUCCCAUUGAGGCCGCUCACGGGGAGCUAAACUUCGGGUUUAGCUCAGUGACCGUAAAGGUCUGCAAAUCAGACUCCGCCAAGGAGGAUUAGGAAGGCAGUGGAGGAGUGAUCGAGGAGAUCGCCUCCGAGAUCGAGGCAUCGGAAACCGAGGUCGGCUACUCGACCGAUGCCUCAAUCCUCCGCAGCCUUGCGAACAUGGGUCAAUUGACAGACCUGGACACAUCGAACGAGAAGGGAGCCGAUACAACCGUGGUGGAGAGGCCCACAGCAGAUGUCCGGGAGGCUUCUGCAGAUAAACCUCCACCACAGUAAGGCAGAUUCCGCUGCUCUUCAACUCCAUCUGGCUGAAGAUGGAGUCACCAUAGUCCUAAUCCAGGAACCUUGAACAGUGGGAGGAAAGGUUUCAGGCUUAGGGACUAAGGAAUAUAAGCUUCUAACAGCUCCCAGCGAAGCGAUGCAGAUAACACGGCAGUCACCGUGGAGAGUCAGCCAUCUCCGUUACGAGUGCUGUCAUCGUACAUGACCUAUGAAAGGCAAGAACCGGUGGAUGAGCUGGUAAGAAGACUGGUGCAAGACAGCGAAAAGCAGAACAUAGGCCUCUUAUGUUCGCUGCGACGCAAACGCCCAUCACACAAAAUGGGAAAGUACAAACACAAACGACCGCGGCUACCUUAAAAGAGCAGAUGGCUCCUGGACCA